CUUCUCUUUGCUUAACUUUUUUUUUUAUUCUUCUUUUUCUACCAAUUUUAUUUCACAUUUUAUGAUGGAUUUCCCAUUUUAUUCUAAGCUUCGGUGUUUUUCUGUUUGCUUUUCUCAACACCAGAUGAGACAGCUUCGUGCACAGAUUGGUAACGUGGCUAAAGCAGAUGGUUCUUCUGUUUUUGAGAUGGGAAACACUAAAGUUAUUGCUGCAGUUUAUGGUCCUAGAGAGGUUCAAAACAAGAGCCAGCAAAUUAGUGAUCAAGCACUGGUGCGCUGCGAAUAUAGUAUGGCUAAUUUUAGUACAGGAGAUCGCAUGAGAAAACUAAAGGGUGACAGGCGGUCAACGGAGAUAUCUCUAGUCAUCCGCCAGACUAUGGAAGCAUGCAUCUUGACUCAUUUAAUGCCUCGAUCUCAGAUAGAUAUUUUUGUGCAAGUUCUUCAAGCAGAUGGAGGAACUAGGUCUGCAUGUAUCAAUGCUGCAACUUUAGCCCUUGCAGAUGCUGGAAUCCCAAUGCGUGAUAUUGUUACUUCCUGCAGUGCUGGAUAUCUAAAUAGCACUCCUCUGCUUGAUUUGAACUACACUGAAGAUAGCGCAGGAGGCCCUGAUGUCACUUUGGGAAUUUUACCUAAGUUGGACAAAGUCACUCUUCUUCAAAUGGAUGCAAAGUUGCCGGUGGAUAUCUUUGAAAAUGUUAUGCAACUUGCCAUUGAAGGCUGCAAGGCAAUAGCAAACUACAUUCGAGAGGUAUUACUAGAGAAUACCAACCAACUAGAAUAUCGUCGAGGUUUAUAGUUCGUCUGGGUAUGAAAGGUGAAAAUGUAUCCUAGCACAACCUAGCAUUGUGCCUGCCAACAGACAUCUGGAUGUGUAUCCUAAAAUGCUGGAAAAUGGAAAAUACUCCUUGAAGUUGAACUUGAUUAUGCAUUGUGACUUUGAUCCUCUGUUUUAUUUGCUUUCACUCUGAAGCCCAAAACUUUUUCUUUUCUGCUAGGAAAAUAAGCACCAAAAAGGGUU